UACAGGCACACACGCCUUUUUUUCCUGAAUGAAAUAGCUGAGCAGAGCACAGGAUUUAAGGCAGGAGGCCUCCAGUGCUUUUCCUCCAUUCGUUUUCUACAUUCCCGCCUCAAGAAGAAGGAAAAAAAACAAACAGGAAGAAGAUGAAGUAUAUCAUAGGAAUUGGAGGGUAAGUUGUUGUUGCAUCCCUCGUUACGUUUUGUACUUUUGCAUGCUCCGGGAUUCGAAAUGCGCCAAUGUGCUUUACGCCUUGGACAAAAGCCAAGUUUGUAAACAGAAGUUAGGCUCAAAAAGCCCAUGAAAACCUCCAGGCUCUGUAAUAAUAAUAAUAAUUUUUAAAAAUGUAGUUUGGACAGAUGUAGCGGUGUUUUCAAAAGUAUUACCCGUUCUUUCUCAGCGUUUAUGUAUGAAAUAAUGAGAUGAGGAGUCAACUAACCAUGGCCUAAAAAUGGGAUUUGGUAGCCUAAAAGAGGGAAUCUUGAAUAGCCAAUUAAAAGGCAUCACUUUAACUUUUAUUCUGCUAUUUCAUAAAACCCCAAAGCCUCGCUUUUAAUAAUGGGAGAUGUAAUAAUGUAAUAGAGGGAGAGGGAGAGAGAAGGCGCCUGGUGUAACCUGCAGGAAAAGGAAGAAAACUAUUGAAAGAAUUCCUGUUGCAAUGCGCGGAAUGAAAUUGCGGGGAGACAUCUGUCCAUGUCCUUCCCUAAAUUUGCUUUCGCGUGAGUAUUUUGGAUAGAUCUGGAGCCUGGCUGAGACACUGAGAUAUUAAUUCCCACCACCACCACCUCCAUUAAUAGGCAACAAUCCAGUCAGUGCCUGCAACCCUAAUACUUUUGUUAACAGCAUUUAGAAAACCUUGCAGAGCAAGAAUAGUAAUGAUAUAUGCUGCCCUAUUUUGUAUGCCAAUAACCUUAUCACGGCGCAUGAUUGAGAAGUACCGCUUUGUAUUAAUUGGGGUGCUUUCGGCCAACACGAGCUUUGAGGUAGCUGAAGCCUAUGGGAUGUAGGAGGACCCGCUUUCAAAUCCCCUCCACUCUGGCAAACCUUAAGAAUCCCAGAAUUGCAGAUUUGGAAGGGACCCCGGGGGUCAUCCAGUCCAACCCGCUACAAUGCCAUAGCUGCCGACGUUUCCCUUUUUUAAAGGGAAAUUCCCUUAUUCCGAACAGGAUUCCUCGCAAGAAAAGGCAAAAGUUGACAGCUAUGGACAAUGCAGGAAUCGCAACCCGCAGCCCUGGCAGGGCUGCUGCAAGGAUAAAAACAGUGAGGUGGGAGACGAGAUAUAAAAUAGCAUGAUUAUUAUUUUAAUGGCUUUGCACAAGGCUUAAAGGUGCUUCCAGGAAGGUUUUUCAUCUGAAGGUGUGUUGCGACAGGUUCUUGCUUUCCUAAUUUACCAGAUUCCCCCCAGAAAGGAUAAAAUUGGGACUGAAUUAGGGAUGCAGCUGGGCAUUUUGAGAUACUAAUGAUAGUAAUGGGGAGGACGAACUUGCAGGCAGGAAGGUGCACCAGUUCCACAUUAAAUGUCAAAAUGUGGAUUAUUGCGUGUGUGUGUGUGUGCUUUUUUAAAAAAAUACACAGCCAUUUCCUUCUGUUUCAAAGCCAAGCCAAGCCAAAAAUGCUCAACCAUAGGUUGAGCUUUCUUAAACCCAUUAUUACUGUGCAAUGCCUAUUAGAUAAUAAUAAUAAUAAUAAUAAUAAUAAUAAUAAUAUACCGCCCUAUAUCCGGCGGUCUCAGGGCAGUUCACAGAAAAGAUCAACAUAAAAACUACAAUAUAAUAAUAAUAAUAAUAAUAAUAAUAAUAAUAUACUGCCCUAUACCCAGAGGUCUCAGGGUGGUUCACAGAAAAGAUCAACAUAAAAACUACAAUAUACAUAAUCAAAAUAAAAACAACAACCCAAUAACAUGCUAGAUAUUUUAUAGCAUGGUAUUACUUCAAUUUGAGUUCACCGGGAGCUUCCUUUUAAUUCACAGCAUUAAAUUUAGGAGGGCGGGUGGGAAAAUAAUAAAAUAAAGAGCAGCCAUGAGUCGCUUGCCUCCAGGAUCUUACAAAAGGGUUGGUUUUUUUCGUGAGGGUAGCAAACCCACCGCCAGAUCUGAAGUUAUUAUAAUUUAUUAUAAUACUAAAUUCUUGUUAUUAUGGGAGCCGGCUAGGAUGGGAACCAUCUUGAGGGGAGCGGAGCCAAAAAAAGCAGAAUAUCUAGUCACUAGUGGCUUACUCCGGAGUAAAUGGAUAGGGAGCUAUAGCCUCUUGCAGUUAUAAAGGCAAAAAGCAGAGAGGUCUCUGCCCCAAGCAGUUUACAAUCAGGAAUACUGAGAGUUCAUAACGCCAGGAAAAAUUGGCACAAACCCCAAAUUGCUUUUCCCCCCUCCAGCCCUGUAGAAUAUUUUCUUUCUAAUCUCUCACAUUAAGUUUCUCAUUAAGUUUCCUCAUUAGACUCAGGUUGUUUGUUUGAAAAAAUCCAAUUUCAAUUCGAUUUUUAUCAUAAUCAUUGGUGCAUUUUAAACACAAAUAUACCGCUUUAAUUCUAUCUGUGCAUAGUGUUAUUGGUUAUGACUGGCUUUUCCCCUUCUCGUUUUGGCUUUUAAAAAAUAAAUAAAUCGGUAAGCCGCCUUGAGUCCCAUCAGGGAAAAGGCAAGAUAGAAAGAACAUGAUUAGUAUGUUCCAUAAAUGUCCAGUGGACAUCCUUGAUGGGAGAAAAAUCUUUUUCUACCUCAUUUUUUUUUAAAUGUAAUUUUCUCCCACUAAGUAGACCCACUAAGCCUGUUUAUAUCCUUUAAUUUCAACGUGAAUACAGGACUCCCAGUAUAAAUAUCACUGGGUAUAAGAGAAUAUACAGAGGCAUAGCUGUCAACUUUUCCCUUUUCUUGAGAGGAAUCCUAUUCGAAAUAAGGGAAUUUCCCUUAAAAAAGGGAAAACGUUGACAGCUAUGUACUGAGGCAGCUGAUAGGUGGUUGUUGUUUUUUAAUAAAAAGAUGUAUUUUCUUCUAUUUUAUUUACUAAUCCGUAUUAGUCUAUACAGUAUUUAGUAAACAAUGAAAAAGAAAAUAAAUGAAGGGGGGAGCUAGAAAUCAUUCCGCUCUCUUUGAAGCAAAUAUAUAGAUAUCUCUGCUUCUUCCCGCCUUCUCCCGCCCAGCCACCCGCCAUAUUAAUUAACCGACGAGGCGGGGAAGCUUUUAUAACCUCCGCCCCGCGCGCGCCCUGAACCGAAGUCCGUUAAUUCUGGCGGGAGCCGCGCCAGCCAAUAGGGGGACGAGCUUCGAACACGCCAUUUCUUGAGGCUCCGCCCCUCUUUUACCAUGUUUGGAAAAGCCUGCAAGAAAGAGGCGGGAAAAAGAAUAAUAAUACUGUAUUGUUUUACAUGGGAGUAAACCCCGCUCUGGGCAGUGGGGCUUACUCCUGAGUAAAUGCCUUUUAAAAAAAAAAAGAAUUUCUCUGAUCCUUUCCCCCCCUUUUUUUUGCACUUUAUUUAUUACUAAUGUUGCAAUACAUAUAUGAAAUCUUUACAUAUUGAUACAUAUGCAUUAUAUUCCUAAAUUCACAUUUUCACAUUUCAUUAUGUACCAACAUUUAUCUAUUUCGUCUUUCUUGCCUCCACCCGUGCAUGACUUCCUUGUUAUUACUUUGUAACUUUAGGACUGAGAUUGUAAUUUUGUAUCUUAAUAAUUAAACAUCUUAUAUAUCUGCUUAGCUCAGCUUCAUUUUGUGAAAUCAGUCUAUACAUAUCAAUAAAUUCUUGUUGGAGCAUCUUUUGGUCAUGUAUUCUUCUAGACAUUUCCAUUCCUGUUUGAGAUUUUGAUUAGAUUGUAUUCUAAUUGUUGCCGUCAUUUUUGCUAAUUCAAUCAUUUAAAAAAUAUAUAUAUAUUGCCAAUCUUUCAAUGUUGGUACUUCUUCUGUAUGUAUUGUUUUACAUGGGAGUAAACCCUGCUCAGUGCAGUGAGGCUUACUCCUGAGUAAAUGUUUUUAUAUAUAUAAAAAAAGAAUUUCUAUGUUCCAUUGAGAGGUUAAUUUGUGUAAAAAAUAGUUCUUUUUUUUAAAAAAAAAUUAAUUACAAAGUAAAUACAUCAAUACCAAACCAUACAUAAAGAAUAAUAUAAAGGGGGGGGGGGAGAGAAGAAAAAGAAGGAAAAUUGCAAAGAAAAGUAGGCAGUAAAAGAAUAAAGAAAAGUAUAAUAUUUCAAUACAAUAAACACUAAUUUACAAAAUAAUAGCAAUAUUAGACUUCCAUCCCUCUCACAACACUCCCUUUCACAUUUCACAUUUUAUCUGUAUUUCAGUAUUAUUUUCAUCUUAAUAUAUAGAUAUGUGUAUAUAUCUAUGUUUCCCCUUUUCCAUUCACGAGGUCAUUCUAGACGCAGCCAAAUUUUUACAUUAGAACCUUGUCUUUUUAAAUGGAAUGGAAGUGCUUAGGUUUAAUGUUGUUUUUUCAAACAAACAAACAAACACGUAUUUGAUGUGAUUGAAUGCAUAGCGCAACAACUAAAACCGGAAAGCAUUGCUCUGUCGGAACCUUGCAAUUAAUUAUUUCUUAAUUUUGGGCUCAAAAAAUAGGGGUCGUCUUAUGCAUGGGGCGUCUUAUACACGGAAAAAUAGGAUAUAUGCACAUGUUUCAAUAUUUUAAUGUUGUAUUUUAAUUUUGUUUUUAAGUUGUUUUCAUUCAACUUGCUUUUAUUAUUGCUUGUUAUCCGCCCUGAGCCCAGCCUUGGCUGGGGAGGGCGGGGUAUAAAUAAAAAUUAUUAUUAUUAUUAUUAUUAUUAUUAUUAUUAUCCACACCAUGCAUUUAAAGUGCAGGCUCCCCCACAAAGAAAACUGGGAACUAUGCUCAAAGCCUUCCUAUGCUCGUUGAAUUUGCAUCCUUGCUCUGUUAACCAUUCUCACAUUAUCCCCACCCCAAUUCUGCUUCAUGUUUUCUUAAUCUAGGGUGACCAAUGGUGGCAAAACCACUUUGACCAAAAGACUUACCCAAGCGCUCCCAAACUGUUGCGUUGUCCAUCAAGAUGACUUCUUCAAGGUAAGCAUCACACACCCCUUUGGUUUAAUGUUGAUUUUGUCAAACAAACAAAGACAUAUUUGAUGUGAUUGAAUGCAUAGUGCAACAACUAAAACUGGUAAGCAUUGCUCUGUCGUUACAAAAAAAAAAACACACAAUUUGUCCGGGGAGGGCAUUAAAACCUUAAAAGCAUAGAUGCUCAUUAUUUUUGGUCCGGGCCACAACUUCAGGGCUUGUAUAUACUGUAUUUUCCCGUUUAUUAUUCCCCCCCAAAGUUUAAACUUGGGGGUCGUCUUAUACACGGAAUGUUGCAAUUAAUUAUUUCUUAAUUUGGGGCCCAAAAAAUACACACCGGAAAAUACGAUAUAUGCACACCCACACCGUGCAUUUAAAGUGCAUAGCUCCCUCCCCAUAAAGAAAACUGGGAACUAGCUUGUGACCGGCAAGGAUAACAGGGAGAAGGAAACUACAGUUCCCAUGAUUCUUUGCAGGAGAACCGUCCCCUUAACUGCAUGGUAUGGAGGUGACUGCCUGCAGCGCAGUUCGUAACUGUGUCUACUCAGAAGCAAGUGCUUCUGAAUCCAAGGGGACUUCUUCCUCAAAUAGGUUAGGAUCAUAGCCAUUUAUACUGUGUUUACUCCAGGUUAGAUAACCUGGGAUAGCAACCGCACCCUUGUUUUUUCUUUGAAUGAUAUUUAUUAAAGUUUCAAUAAAAAAUUAAACAUAAAACAUAAAAAAAGAAAUACACAAUUCAAAAAUACACAAUACAUAAUCCAAAAGGGAAAAAAGGAACAAAAAAACACAAGACAAAAAAGAAAAUAGAACAAUUAAAAACAAUAUCACCUUUUCAUCUCCAUUUUUAAAUUUACUUAUUUUCUGGACCUCCUCGUACCUCCCUCUUUUGUAUUCCAGUUCAAAUUGUUUGUCCAGCAAUUUCUUUCCCUCUUUUUUAAUCCCAAUCUUUACUCUUAAUAUAAUAUAACAUUAAAAUUUUACCUUUUAAAAACCAAAUUUCCAUUUCCUUAAACUUUUUUAAUCCUAAUCCUUAAUCUUAAUCUAUCCAUAACUUGUUUUUGGGAUAACCGCUGACGCAGGUAAAAAUCCCCCACUUCUCCCAUACCCAUUGAAACUACAGUCGCACCUUGGAAGUUGAGCAGAAUCCGUUCCGGAAGUCCGUUCGACUUCCGAAAUAUUCGGAAACCGAACCGCGGCUUCUGAUUGGCUGCAGGAAGCUCCUGUAGGUUCAGGUUCCGAAAGAACGUUCGCAAACCGGAACAAUCACUUCCGGGUUUGCGGCGUUCAGGAACCAAAACGUCCAAGUCCCAGGGCGUUGGGGAUCCAAGCUACGACUGUAUUCCAUUCAUUUUAAUCUUUCUAUUGUGAAUAUAUUGUAGUGGUUCAAAUGCAUUACCUGGCGAUGGGCUGGUCCGUGGGAUAUGCUACCAACAGUGGUUUUCCAUUUUUUUAAACUGUCUAGGACGGUUACCAUACAUUGAAAGUACAUAAGGUGUGUCCCCCACCCCAAAUAAUCCUAGUCACUGAAGAUUGUUGAGAGUGCUGGAACCUGAAGGGUAGAAAUGUAGAUCUGCAUGGAGUAAACUGCAAUACCCGCGAUUCUUGUAUAGCCUGAAGGUGUCUUUCUAGAAACUCCUCGUGUCGCAAAGUUGUGUUCUUGGGAGCAUGGAUUCGCACUCGGGCCACGUGGGGCCAAACGGGCGGAUUGGGCCUCACUGCCACUCUGUGUGAAUUGGGGUGGGGUGUGAACCGUAGAAUGCACCAGAUAUUCCAUAUGAUUGAUAGCGAUGAGCCAGGACUGGAUAAGGAUGGGUUCAGGGAAAAUACCAGCCACAGAAUCGCAGAAUUUUAGGGUCACCUACAAGGGUCACCAUCUUGUCCAAUUAUAUAUAUAUAUAAUUUUCAAUUUUCAAAUUAUAACAAAAAUUACAAACAUUGAAUCCAAAAUAAUACUAUACGCACAAGAAAGAAAAACAGAACACAAAAAAGAAAAGAAAAAGCACACAUCUACAAAUAAAACCAUAUCUUUAUAUCUAAUCUAGUCAUUACGUACCAUAUUUUUUGCUCUAUAAGACUCACUUUUUCCCUCCUAAAAAGUAAAGGGAAAUGUGUGUGCGUCUUAUGGAGUGAAUGCAGGCUGCGCAGCUAUCCCAGAAGCCAGAACAGCAAGAGGGAUUGCUGCUUUCACUGCACAGCAAGCCCUCAUGCUAUUCUGGCUUCUGAGAUUCAGAAUAUUUUUUUUCUUGUUUUCCUCCUCCAAAAACUAGGUGCGUCUUGUGCUCUGGUGCGUCUUAUAGAGCGAAAAAUACGGUACAUAUAUUACAUACAUAUUGACUUCCUUCCUUUGUUCUAAGACCUCAAAAUUUUUACUCUUACUAAAUUGUUGUGUCUAAUGUAGAUUACGUCUAUCUUUAUACUUUUUUACACCAUUUUUCUUUUUCUUUAACCAUGCAAAACAUCGUUCAUUUACAUACCGAUAUGCUUACUCCAGAACAGUAUUUCUUCAUAUACUCUUUACCACAUCCUUUACCACAUUCUUUUAAUAAUUUGUGGUCCGAUUGUCCCCUUAUGAAUGCUGUGAUUCUUGCCAGAUUUAUAUAUUCACAAAAUUUAAUUUGCCAUUCUUUCAUUGGUGGAAUUUUUCUCCCUUUCCAAUUUUUUGCUAUAAGCAUCCUGGCAGCUGCCGUUGCAUAAGGGAAAACUUUCCUCUGAUUGUCAGGAAUAUCGUUUGUGAUUAUACCUAAAAGGACUGCCUCCGGUUUUUUACCUGCCAGCUAUAUAAACCAAGUACCCUCCGGAUAUCAACACAUGUAUACGGACAAACAGGCAUAUGCUUUGAUUUAAAAAACAGCAGAACUGAUUUUCUGUUGCAGCUGUUCUCUUGUAUAUUGUGCAAGAUUUCAUCUUGCGUCACAAAAUAUUUGAUUCUGAAGAGCAGGCCAGCAUUGGAACUUUAAGUGACCCCAGAGGACAGUUCUCCCCUCCGCAGAAAAUUAGUUUAACACCCCACCCCAAAUUAGCCAUUGUAGCUAAUUAGAAGAAAUAUACUUUUUGGGGGGGAGUCCCCUUUCCACCACCAGAGAAAUGUACUUUAUGCCCUCUGUAGCCUUGUUUUUUUCCCUUUUGGGAAAGCCAUAACUCAUUGGUACAGCAAAAGGUCCCAGAUUUGAUUUGUGGCAUAUCCCUGCCUGAAAUCCUGGAGACUGCACUGAGCUAGGAACACGGAUAUAUGUUCUUGUGUAUGCCUACUCUAAGCAAGUUACAUUAAGCCCAAAUCAUUUGUGUUGUUAAGUUGUGGGUGAACAUAUCAGACGACACAGCGAUUCUUCAAACAGCUCUUGUUUAUUCACAGGCCAGAACAGAACUGAACUGAAGGGUUCAGUCAGCCUGCUUAUAUAGAGCUCCAGUACAACGUAACUGUAACAAUUUUCUAAAACUAUCCAAUCGCUGAACGUCACUUUCGAUCCCUUAUUUGCAUAACUAUCUACAGUAUCCCCCUGCUGGCCCAGGGUGAGAACUUCAGUACAUAACGUGUGUGGUCAUUUCCUUUAACCAAAAUUAUUACUGCUCCUUAGAAAUGCCCUUCCAGCAUUCCUUUAAUUUUGUAGAACUUGAAUUGCAGUUACACACACGCACACACACACACACACACACACACUACUCAGCUGUUAAAAAAUACAAUUUUCACCUGUGUACUUCUUCGGGGGUAUUGUUUUAUUUCAAAAAUGUAGCUUAACCUGGCAAAAUUAAUUUGCUACAGAGUUUAGAAAGUCUCCCCCCAUCUUUCCCGCUCCAUUUCCUCUCUACACCACAUGCACCACAUGCUUAUUUAUUCCCAAGUUCCCCCCCAGAAUCCCAGUUCAGAUAUGCGAGAACAAGCAGUUUCAUAUCUGUGCCGGGUCUGGAGAUCACCUGUGUGUACCUUACCUGGUGCAUAUAGGACACUGAAACAUGCUUGUGUGCACAUGUCUGUGUGGCCGGUGCAAUACGGCAGGAGUGGGGAACAUCUGACCUCCUUAGAUGUUCUUAGGCAGGCAUCCCCAACCUGCGGCCCUCCAGAUGUUUUGGCCUACAACUCCCAUGAUCCCUAGCUAACAGGACCAGUGGUCAGGGAUGAUGGGAAUUGUAGUCCUAAACAUCUGGAGGGCCAAAGGUUUGGGGUGCCUGUUCUUAGGCUACAACCCCCACCAGCCUUGACUCUUGGCCAUGCUGUCUGUGGUUGUUUGGGGAUGCUAAACAUCUGGAGGGUCCGAGGUUCUCCACCCCUGAAUCAGGGCAAAUGGGGCACUGCCCCUCCAACAUAAUCAGCCCUUAUCUAUCGGCUUUCUUACUUACCUGCUAUUCAGCGGGUGACCCCAGGUGUCCUCAUGUAGGCGAGGCAAAUGGAGAAAAAAUAGCAAAAAAUGGAGAGCAGCUAGCUUGGGACUUGGGGUGGGGGUUGUGUUGGUAUUGUCGUUUGUUCUGCAGCACAGCUGUUUUUGCUAAGUCAGCCCUUUGCCUCCGUUGUGUGUGUGUAUGUGUGUAUUUUGCAGUAGUGUCCAGGUUGUGAUCGGAUCGUAGAUAAAACUGAUCACCCUGCGUUUGCAGCAAUGUUUUAUUGGUCACUAUAUUUCAGCCACAAGAUCAAAUACAAGUCGGGGAAGACGGAUUUAAACAAUGGGAUGGUAAGAGCGGUGUUCGCUAUAGGAUGCAGUAAUGUAUAUUUUCCUAAGUAUAUAUAUUUUAUUUUUAUCACUAUAAUAUUAUUAAAUAAAGACUUAACAGUAAAAUCUGCACCAUUCUAUAAAUACACGUUUAAUUUAUACACUUUCACACUCUUGAGUUUUUCGUCUUUAUUUCCUUACUGACUUUUCUGCGUGUCUGUGUGCAUAUAUAUAUAUUUCCCACCUAGUUUUGGCUUCCUUGGAUAUGGACGCGAUGGUGAGCACUGUUCAGGCAUGGAUUGAGAAUCCCGUGAAGUUUGCGCGAUCCCAUGGAGUGAGUGUUUCCUGUGAAUCAAAGCAGCCCAGUUCUGAUGAUACCCAUAUACUGAUUGUUGAAGGUUUCCUGCUUUACAACUACAGGUAAUAAUAAUAAUAAUAAUAAUAAUAAUAAUAAUAAUUUAUUUAUACCCUGCCCAUCUGGCUGAGUCUCCCCAGCCACUCUGGGCGGCUCCCAAUCAAAUGUUAAAAACAGUACAGCAUUAAAUACUAAAAACUUCCCUAAACAGGGCUACCUUCAAAUGUCUUUAAAGAUAGGAUAACUGCUUAUUUCCUUCACAUCUGAAGGGAGGGUGUUCCACAGGGUGGGCGCCACUACCGAGAAGGCCCUGUCUGGUUCCCUGUAACCUCGCUUCUCGCAAUGAGGGAACCGCCAGAAGGCCCUCGGCACUGGACCUCCGUGUCUGGGCUGAACGAUGGGGGUGAGUGGAGACGCUCCUUCAGGUCUACUGGACCGAGGCCGUUUAGGGCUUUAAAGGUCAGCACCAACACUUUGAAUUGGGCUUGGAAACGUACUGGGAGCCAAUGCAGAUCUCUCAGGACCGGUGUUAUGUGGUCUCGGCGGCCGCUCCCAGUCACCAGUCUAGCUGCCGCAUUCUCGAUUAAUUGCAGUUUCUGGGUUACCUUCAAAAGUAGCCCCACCUUUCCUUUUUUUGCUUUUUUUGUAGUAAAAAAAAGGUAAAGGUAAAGGACCCCUGACAGUUAGGUCCAGUCGCGGACGACUCUGAGGUUGCGGCGCUCAUCUCGCUUUACAGGCCGAGGGAGCCGGCUUUUGUCCUCAGACAGAUUUUCUGGGUCAUGUGGCCAGCAUGACUAAGCCGCUUCUGGCAAAACCAAAGCAGCGCACGGAAAUGCCGUUUACCUUCCCGCUGGAGUGGUACCUAUUUAUCUACUUGUACUUUGACGUGCUUUUGAACUGCUAGGUUGGCAGGAGCUGGGACCGAGCAACGGGAGCUCACCCCGUUGCGGGGAUUCGAACCACCGACCUUCUGAUCAGCAAACCCUAGACUCUGUGGUUUAGACCACAGCGCCACCCACGUCCACUUUAAAGUAUGCAUUUGGUUGCGCCUGUCCUAUUGACCCCUGGUGCUGGGCUUUGAAUAAGAGCUUCAUCUGCAAACAUAUCACCUGCUCUCUGUAUAACACUUGAUUGUCUCUGCCAGUCAAUAAUAAUAAUAAUAAUAAUAAUAAUAAUAAUAAUAAUAAUAAUUUAUUAUUUAUACCCUGCCCAUCUGGCUGGGUUUUCCCAGCCACUCUGGGUCACUGUUGCGAGAGACCCUAGAAAUCGUUGGUGGUGAUUAUAAUGAAUUUAUUAUUUAUUAAAUUUCAACACCACCAUCCGAAGAUCGCAGGGUGGUUUACAAUAUGAAAACGCAAAAAUACACAACAUAAUAACAAACAAAAACAACAACCCCUGCCCUACCCACAGUAUUAUUAUUCAUCACAAACAACAGUAUGACUUUGUGCAACCAUGUGGUUUAGGAAAGAUCAUAUCUCAAGUAAUUUCGAACCUUACUUUUUCUCACCUGCAGGCCACUGAUUGACUUGUUCGACAAACGCUAUUAUCUAGCAGUCCCAUACAGUGAAUGCAAGUGGAGGAGGAGGUAAGAAUGGCUCCUCGACUUUAAUAUUGCGAUGCUGAAAUUUCAUGUGGUAUUCACCUCAUUCCUAUGACACAAUUGCAAGUUGCAGAAUUGGAAAACUUCUGAGCUCCACGUCAAUCUAAAAGAUUCCUGCAUUGCAGAGGAUUGGACAAGAUAACCCUCUCGUGGUCCUUUCCAUCUCUGAUUCUAUGAUUCAGUCACACUUCUCUGAAUUUUGCAGUUCAGUUCUCCAGAUUUUUGUACUGUAUACAAAAAUACAUGUGCUAGGGCAAAUAAUACACACAAAAAACCCACAUUACAUUAAGGGAAAUCGUCUUGCAAAAUUGUAUAGGUUAGACGUAAAGGUAAAGGUAAAGGGACCCCUGACUGUUAGGUCCAGUCGUGGCCGACUCUGGGGUUGCGGCGCUCAUCUCGCUUUAUUGGCCGAGGGAGCUGGCAUACAGCUUCCGGGUCAUGUGGCCAGCAGGACUAAGCUGCUUCUGGCGAACCAAAGCAGCGCAUGGAAACGCCGUUGACCUUCCCGCCAGAGCGGUACCUAUUUAUCUACUUGCACUCUGACGUGCUUUCAAACUGCUAGGUUGGCAGGAGCAGGGACUGAGCAAUGGGAGCUCACCCCGUUGUGGGGAUUCGAACCACCAACCUUCUGAUAGGCAAGCUCCGGGCUCUGUGGUUUAACCCACAGCGCCACCCGCAUCCCUCAGGUUAGACAUAACUGCAUACAAAAAUACGUAGAUUAGAAGAAAUCAACACUAAAAUGCUGGUGAAUUUUCAUGAGGGCUUAAAAAAAAAUCCAAACUGAUGCGAUGAGGAGAACUGAAGACUGGGGGGAAAUGAGAAAUUGAGAGAAACCAUCCAACCCUAGUAGUUGCUGAUGUCACAAAAGUGCUUACCGACACUGCUGUACAAACCUGAUGUGGGAAUUCAGUUGUUGUUUAGUCCAUUAGUCGUGUCUGACUCUUCGAGGCUCCAUCUGUGAGCCGGCCCAUCGUCCCUCAGACCAUGUGGGGGGCUGGAUUAUAUUUGGGGGGGGGAUGAACAAAUUUCUAUGCCCCACAAAUAACCCAGAGAUGCAUUUUAAAUAAAAGGACACAUUCUACUCAUGUAAAAACACGCUGAUUCCCGGACCGUCCGCGGGCCGGAUUGAGAAGGCGAUUGGGCCGCAUCCGGCCCCUGGGCCUUAGGUUGCCUACCCCUGGUAUAGAUUAACAAAUUCCUUUUCUGUUUGCAGUACACGUAAAUACACAGUACCAGACCCCCCUGGUCUCUUUGAUGGCCACGUAUGGCCCAUGUAUCUUAAGCACAGGAAGGAAAUGGAGGCGAACGAAGUGGAUGUUGGUAAGAGACAACUUGGAGUGUGGUGCAAGUGUUCGCGUGUUAUAAUUUUUUUAAAAAUGUGAUGUGCUUAGAGGAGGGCUUUCCAAUCCUCUCACACUGGUGGCACCAUUUUUAAGACAUGCAUUGUUUCACGACAAAGUACCGUAUUUUUGCUCUGUAAGACUCACUUUUUCCCUCCUAAAAAGUAAGGGGAAAUGUGCGUGCGUCUUAUGGAACGAAUGCAGGCUGCGCAGCUAUCCCAGAAGCCAGAACAGCAAGAGGGAUUCCUGCUUUCACUGCGCAGCGAUCCCUCUUGCUGAUCUGGCUUCUGAGAUUCAGAAUAUUUUUUCCCUUGUUUUCCUCCUCCAAAAACUAGGUGCGUCUUGUGGUCUGGUGCGUCUUAUAGAGCGAAAAACACGGUGAUUCAGUUUUACUAGCAAACCAGAGGUCAAACUAACCCCUUUCCAGCCCUGGGAGGAGCACAGGGGGCGUUCACGCAACAUACCUACACGCUGCGGCCGACGCACUAAAUAUGCUGCAGUUUGGAAAGCCCUGGGUGGGGAAUGUUUGGCCCUCCCAUUGUUCCUAAACAUCCCACCAACCCCAGAAACAGCCAAUGGUCAAGUCUUAAUGGGAGCUGUAGUCCAGCAUGGGGCUUAUCCACACCUCCACUUUCCCCUGGGAAAAGCCGUGCUUUAGUGCUGAAUCGGAACAAAAGGCAGCCAGUUUUCCCAUGGAUUGCUUUUUGUUCCGAUUUAACAUGGAAGAGAGUGUUUUCUGGGGGGGGGGGAGUGGCUGGGCCAAAGCAAAACUGCUUGGAUCCAUGCCUAGAAAAUGCAGGGUAAGUGGAGAACGACCCGGAGCCAUGUUUUCUAGGCAAAAGUGUGUACAGCCCAUCCGGAGGGCUAGAGGUUUCCCACUCCCGAGCUAGGUAAUGAAAUUGUUUCUUUUAGUUUUCUCAAUCGUCUCUUCAGUUUAUAUCCUGCCCUUCUUCCCAAAGGCAUUUUGAACGCACCAGUAAUAUUGUUAAAAAUAGUUAAACAAUCAAAUUCUCUCAGCCAGUAAUUUCAGGGUUGCUUAUUUUGUAUGCCUGCUAAUAUCUCUUAAUUAUUUUAUUUUUUAAAUUUGAUUAUAGAUUAAAAAAAAUCACCUCUGUCUCCUUUGUCACCUUGUGAGGGUGUUAGCCCUAAGAACCAACCAGAUAGUACUUUGAAUAAGUAAAUAUCAUUUCCGAAAAUACUGCACCAUUGAGCUGCCCUUAUUUAUUUAUUUAUUUAUUUAUUUAUUUAUUAUUAUUAUUUAUUAAAUUUUAUUUAACAUAAUUAUUACAAAAUACAAGCAAAAUACAUACAAAUACAUACAUACAUACAUACAUACAUACAUACAUACAUAUAUUUUUCAGAUAAGCACACAUAUAUAGAAAAGAACAAAAAAGGAAGAAAAGAAAAAAGAAAAAGAAAAAAUCAGAAGAAAAAUUGGAAGAAUUUCUUCCAAAUUUAUUCUACAAAUAUCUCAAUAAUAAAAUUUCAUUGAUUGACUUCCAUCGCUUACACUGCACUUCUUAUAUACAUUUUAAGCAAAUGUAUGAGCCACCCUUUUAUAAGCACUUGUGCCAGUUCCAGAUCUGCGGGGAUCCUUCUCCCUCAUUGAGUCUACCUCCUCACUCAAAUUACCGCCUGCUUGCUGCCAAAAAUCCAGCAGGGCAGUGCUGUGAUCAGUUCCUCUUUAUUUUGGCCAGAGCAGGAGUCUGGUGAAUAAGCAAGUAAGCCUCACUGGAUUCAAUCGAUCAUACCCGCUUGCUUGGCAGGAUUGCAGCAUUACACAUUUUGUGAGCCUGACUCUAGCGGGUUAGAUCUCUUAAGGUAAAGGUAAAGGGACCCCUGACCAUUAGGUCUAGUCGUGGCCGACUCUGGGGUUGCGGCGCUCAUCUCGCUUUAUUGGCUGAGGGAGCCGGCGUACAGCUUCCGGGUCAUGUGGCCAGCAGGACUAAGCCGCUUCUGGCGAACCAGAGCAGCGCACAGAAACGCCGUUUACCUUCCCGCCGGAGCGGUACCUAUUUAUCUACUUGCACUUUGACGUGCUUUUGAACUGCUAGGUUGGCAGGAGCAGGGACUGAGCAACGGGAGCUCACCCCGCCACGGGGAUUCGAACCGCCAACCUUCUGAUCGGCAAGUCCUAGGCUCUGUGGUUUAACCCACAGCGCCACCCGCAUCCAUGCAAAACUGUCAUGUUGAUUUAUUUACUGGCAUCCCUGCAUGUGAAAUUCACAACUGCCUGUUCUUCUUUUCAGUUUAUCUGGAUGGGCUGAAGUCCAGAGACGAUCUUUACAUGGAAGUCUUUAAAGAAAUACAGAACAAGCUUUUGAAUCACUCAUAGGUGAAUAUACUCCUGGAUGGGAGGGGAGGAGGUUAUUUUCUACCUUGCUCUUUGCAUCUUCCUCAUAAUACUUUGGGUAUUAAUUGCCUUAUGUUUGCUUUUCAGGAUCUGUGGGAAGUUGAAAGAUCUAUGUACAAAUCUGAUGUAAAUACUAUUUUGGAUAUUUACUGAAACAUGUUAAGUGAACAUGCCUUCCUUGGCACUGCCCUUUGGAAAAUAACUUUAUGUAUAUAAUUGAAAAAAUAAGGUAGUUCAUUUACAACUCAACCAUGGGCAGUUGUUGUUUUUUAUUUACUUAUUAUUUUGUAUUCCAUUGGCUUAAACGUGUAUGUUUUAAAAACGCAUUUUUAUAAUGGAAGUCUGUAAAAUACCACUGGUUUUACGUCUGUAGCUUUGUGUCAGUAAUAAGCUUCUGUUUAACUGCUUGUGCAAGAACACACGGCAUACUCAAUAAAGAAACAUUUGAACGUUUG